AUGGCUGGCGGCCGCUUCCUCGUCGACGGCGUUGGAUGGGGGGGAUGGGCGGCCGGGGUUCUGCUGCUGGGAUGGGUUCUGAGGACGCUGCGGUGGGUGUGGUGGACGCCGAGGAGCACGGAGAGGAAGCUCCGGGCGCAGGGGAUCGACGGGACCUCCUACCGUUUCCUCUUCGGCGACAUCAGGGAGACCAAAUCGAAGCCCAUGCCCUUCUCUCAUGAUAUCCCCCCUCGAGUCCUCCCCUUCCACCACCAGAUCGUCAAGACCUACGGUCUCUCUCUCUCUCUCUCUCUCGACAUGUGUCCAUAUAUAUAUAUAUAUAUAUAUAUAUAUAUAUAUAUAUAUAUAUAUCUUCUUGACUGUAUCUUGGCGUGAUGUAGGCAAGGUUAGUAUGACCUGGUUGGGGGUAAGUCCCCGGGUGAUCAUCGCCGACCCUCUUCUCAUCAGAGAUGUCCUCUUGAACAAGUCUGGCCACAUCGGGAAGCCGAAGCUCGGUCCUCUUGGGCAGCUCCUCACUGGCGGACUCUUAAGCUACGACGGAGAGAAGUGGGCGAUGCACAUGAAGAUCAUCAACCCAGCGUUCCACGUAGAGAAGCUAAAGGUUCUUCUUUCGGCCCCGUUGACUCUGUCAUUAAGUUGCUACGCCAAGAUCUCUACCAUCCCAACGACCCUUCUUCUUCAUUUAUUUCUUCUUGAUCAUCAUCAUCGUUUUCUUCUUCUUCUUCUUCUCCUUCAUCAUCUGCUUCAGUAUCCUCAGUCAUCUACAUCAUGA